CUCGUUAAUAGGUUAUACGCUCCAUGCAUAGCUUAGGCACUUACACGACAACACAACUUUCCUUUACUCUCUCUCUCUCUCUAAGCUUCUUCAACAAUGGCGGCUCCUCCCUGUAUAAUCGUUCUCACCCUGUUUCUACUGCAACUCGCCACGUCAGCUUUGUCUCUCCCUCUCCUCCCCCACCACAACAACAUCACCCGCCACAGCCACUUCGCUAAGAACCACCGACCGCGACCGCAGAACAGGAGCGGUUGCUCACUGUUCGAGGGAGCUUGGGUACGGGACGAGACGUACCCGCUUUACCGACCGUCGGAUUGCGGCGGAGUGAUCGACCGGGAGUUCGACUGCCAGACGUACGGACGGCCAGACUCCGACUACCUCAAGUUCCGGUGGCAACCCUUCUCCUGCCGCAUUCCUAGGUUCAACGGGGUGAAGUUCUUGUCGGAGAUGAGGGGCAAAACGGUAAUGUUCGUUGGGGAUUCGCUGGGGAGAAAUCAAUGGGAGUCGUUGAUCUGCAUGAUCACUGCAUCUGCACCGUCCAUUCACACCCAGUUCAUCAAUAAAGAUCCUCUCUCCACCUUCAAGUUCCUCGAUUAUGGCGUGAAGGUGUCGUUUUACAGAGCUCCGUAUCUAGUGGACAUAGAGGAGGAACAAGGGAGGAGAAUCCUGAAACUGGACAAGAUCUCCGGCUACGCCAGCGCCACGUGGCGCAGUGCUGACGUGCUGCUGUUCAACACUGGUCACUGGUGGAUCCACAGAGGCUCGCUCCGAGGAUGGGACAAGAUGGAGACAGGAGGGAUAUCCUACGGGGACAUGGAUAGGCUCGAAGCGUUGGGAAAAGGGCUGAGAACGUGGGCUGAUUGGGCUCAUCGCCACAUCGACCCUACUCUCACUCGCCUCUUCUUCUUCUCCGUUUCGCCCACUCAUUACAACCCGAGCGAGUGGAUGUCAAGGCAAAAGGCAGCGACGACGACAGCAGCGCCGGGAACAAAGAACUGCUAUGGCGAAACGGUGCCGUUUAGCGGGGCAACGUACCCAGCAACUUCGUACUUGGACCAAAACAGAGUGAUCGACCAAGUGAUCCAACAGAUGAAGCUCCCCGUGUUCUUGAUGGACAUUUCCAUGCUCUCUGCUCUUCGUAAAGAUGGCCAUCCCUCCAUCUACGGUGGAGAUUUAAGCCCUUCCCAGCGGAAGAAUCCUGAUCGUUCAUCCGAUUGUAGCCACUGGUGCCUCCCUGGCCUCCCCGACACUUGGAAUCAACUGUUCUACGCCGCUUUAUUGUCUUGAUUAAAAAUAAACAAAAUAAAGAUUAUAUAUUGCUGUACCAAUUACAACGAUUGAUGAUCACUUGUUUCGUUUUUUUAGAUGUAUGUAUAAUAUAAUGAUGGAUCAAGCAUGUAACUGUGAACAUAAUUGUGUUAUAUAAUUUGUGAGUAAAGAUUUGAAUAUUA